UCUCAAUCAAUAUUUAAUUCCCUUAUUUUUUGCGUGGCGGAGAAACAAAAUCUGUUUGCUUCAAAGCCACCACCUGCCGGUGACGCACCCGCUCGUGACGGUAGCGCUGCCCUUAACGUUUUCCGACACAAGACGACGAACGCCUCGUUCAAUUCUUCUUCAACCGACAUUUUUGUUUGAUCCGAAGAUUCGCUUCUCAGUUUUCGCGGGCGAUUCUCAAGGAACCCAAGGAGAUAGCGCUGGAUCGAGAAUCUCGAUUCGCUAUUUGCGAUUUCACGCUUUGAUUUUUGCGCUAUUCAGCAUACGCGUUUUUUCAGUUCCGAUUCACGCGCUUUCCGACAAGUUUACUGUCGCAUAGGCUGAUACGCUGCUGGAAUUUCCGAUUUCAUUGCAAUCAUGACUCAGGCGGUGGAGGUGCUGAAUCGGUAUGGGACGGAUCUGGUGGGGGAGCCGAGAGGUUCUGAUUCUGAGUGUUUGGCGGGUUUUGAGUGUUUUCUGAACAUUGUGAGGGCAUUGGGAAUGGGAUCGUGCAUCUCGGAGGUUGGAGCUGGUGGAAGUUCCCCUCCUCUUCUUCCUUUUUCGCCUGAAUCGAACAUGGAUGGUGGGAAGAGGAGAAGGUUAAGGGGUUCCUCUUCCUUUGAUUUCAAAGUGCCUGGGAGGAUGUUCUUGAAUGGGUCAAGCGAGGUUGCAUCCAUGUAUUGCAAGCAAGGAAGAAAAGGGAUCAACCAAGAUGCUAUGCUUGUUUGGGAGAACUUUUGUUCAAAGGAAGACACCAUUUUUUGUGGUGUUUUUGAUGGACAUGGACCUUAUGGCCACAGGGUUGCAAAGAAAGUUAGGGAUUCUUUUCCUUUAAAGCUUAAUGCCCAAUGGGAUUUGCAUCAUAAGAAUAGAGAUGGACUCAGUGAUCAUAGCAGCGCCACAGGAAGUUAUAAAUCUGAAGGGAAUGGAUUUAGACUGGUGGAUGAGAAAACUAGUCCCACUGAUCAUGAACUUGAUGAAACAGAUACGAUUUUGACAUUACGAGAAUCAUUUUUGAAGGCUUGUAAGAUUAUGGAUAAAGAACUGAAACAUCAUCCUGAUAUUGACUGCUUUUGUAGUGGGACUACAGCAGUUACUUUGGUCAAGCAGGGGCUGGACCUUGUUAUUGGAAAUGUUGGUGACUCGAGAGCUGUAUUGGGUACCCGAGAUCAUGAGGAUUCCCUUAUUGCUGUUCAGUUGACCGUUGACCUUAAGCCAAAUCUUCCAAGGGAAGAAGAGAGGAUCAAGCUUCGUAGAGGAAGGGUUUUUUCCCUUCAGAAUGAACCUGAUGUGGCUCGAGUUUGGCUGCCUAACUCUGAUUUCCCUGGUCUUGCUAUGGCUCGGGCAUUUGGAGAUUUUUGCCUUAAGGACUUUGGAUUGAUUGCUGUUCCAGAUAUCUCAUAUCACCGCCUUACCGAGAAGGAUGAAUUUGUUGUGUUAGCAACAGAUGGGAUUUGGGAUGUUCUGUCAAAUGAAGAAGUUGUGGACAUUGUGGCAUCUGCUUCACAGUCUACUGCUGCUAGAGCACUGGUUGAGUCAGCUGUUCGGGCAUGGAAGACAAAAUUUCCUUUUUGUAAGGUUGAUGAUUGUGCCGCAGUUUGCCUCUUCUUUGAUUCUGAUUUAGAUUUCAAGUCAACAGAUACAAAAGACAAGUUAAUACCGGAGGCAUCUAUUGACCAAUCUGAGCAGUUAGCUUUACUUGGUGAAAAGGGAGUUGGAAAUGAAGCUGAAAAAAAGCAGCAAUAGCGCAAGUUUUGUACCAUGUCUCUCCCAAGCCUUGUUGGUUUUAUCGAAAAGGUUGGGUAAAUUGUGCCGCAACAGUCAAAAGAGAAAGGAUCAUUAUUUUGAUGAUUUUUCGGUAGUUUUCUGCCAA